AUGGUUAGAUUAGUUUCUGAAGAUUUUUGCAAUUUUUAUUAUGCAGAAUUUUGUUCAAGAGCUUCUAUAGUAUGCAUUUUAUUAAUGUGCUUGACAUUCCUUGCACCAUUUUAUUUAUCCUUUACAACAGAUAAUUUUUGGCUGAAUAUAAAACUCAAUCAAGAAUAGCCAAAUACUUAAAUAGUAUAAGCAUAUCUUUUAUAAUAAGGAUCUAUCAUAGAUACUUUGUAGAUUAAUCCAGUAUGGAAGGAUAAGAAAAUAGGGUAGCUUAAUAUUGAAAAAGUAGAUGAAUAUGAAGUUAGUUUCACUGUCACAAAUUUCAGUGGUUCUUUAAUGGAAAUUAUUUUAGAAAUGGACUAUAUGCUAUCUGAUGUUUCCCAACUAAAAUCUAGAUAAAUAAUGUUUCUUUCAUUUAGUGCAAGUUAUAACUUUGAUAAUGUCUAAUUCUACGGAUAAGUUAAUUUUGAUUAAUAAUCUCCACUCUAUUAUAAUGGAGAAAAUAAGUUACAAUAUAAGCAGCCUUUAUAUAACUCAGAUAUAUAAUUUCAUAAUUAUAUGAGAGCUAACUUAAUUUACAAAAAUUAAACUUCCUCAUUAAAGUAUGAGUAUUUUACUUAAAUGCUUAAAGUUUAAAGUGCGGCAGCAAGAACAGUAUAAGUUAAUGGGAGAAUACACAUUCCUAAAUAUCAAAAUAUAUUAUAUAUUCCUUCUAUUACAGAAACUCUUAAGUUUUAGUGGGCUGCAUAUUUUAGCAUAUUCAUUGUCAUGUUAUACUUAUUUAGAAUGGUUUUGAAAUAAAUGUACAGACAUUCAGUUUUUCCAGUUUCAGUUAUGGAUAAUUUGCCUUAAAAAGCAUUUAGAUAGUUCGGAAAAUAUAAAUAAGAUUGA